UAAAAACUGCGUUAGAUAUAAAAUAUUCUAGAUUUAUAGUUUUUCAUCCUAAAUUACAUGAAGUGGAGUAGGUUGUAGGUUCAGUCAUUUCUUGUUCUUAACUUGUUCUUAGGUCGUAUAUAUCUAUAUACAUUGCUCUGGUAAAGCGUAACCAUAGUGUGACUUUGGUUCUACCUAUGGUAGAACGUCUAAGAAAUUGCCCAUAUGAGAAAUUUUAUAUUUUAAAUACCAAAAUAUUAGAGUUAAAGAAAGAUAGUUGAAAAAUGGGAUUAGCGCUCAGCAAGUUCAGACCCCUGGAUUAUUCUUGCUACGAGAUGACUCACACCUGGAGUCCUCUAUGUUCUGCUGCUGCCCUAGAUAUAGGAUUUGCUUGUGUACUGCAGUCUCUACGCAUAUACACAACAGUGUACGCGGGAACCACAGUUCUGAAAUGCCGUAUACCCAGCAGAGCAGAUCUAAUCAAGUUGGUUCUAAGUAUUCUUCAAUCUACUGCCUUCUUAUCAUAUAAUGCUUUCGGCUUUGCUACAGCUCACUGUCUAGUCAGGCAAGUGCUUGGGUUCUGUAAUUUCUGGAGUCUUGGCUUGAUCCCAGGAUGGAUUUCAAGCUUCCUAGCAAUAUUUGUAGAGAAACAUUCUAGACGAGGGAUGUUGGCAACCUAUGUCACAAACGUGGCAUCCGAGUCCAUUUACUACUCUCUAAGAAAUAAUAAUAUCAUUGACAGGAAACCAUACAUUGAUUAUUUACUGUUUUCUAUAUCAAUGUCUGGGUAUCAUUAUCUCAAUACAACUCUAGAAACCCCAUCUCUGGACCCUGCUCUCAAAUUAACAAGAUUGCUGAUUCAAGAUUCAAAAAGUGAGAAACUAGCAUCUAAAAAUCUUCAGGAGGGUCAUAAACAUCAGCAGCAUGAUGAAUUGGAUCCAGAUCAGCAGCAUGAUGAAUUCGAUCCAGAUCAGCGGCAUGCCUAUCUUACAUCAGCAAUCAAGGCAAGCUUUAAGCAUUUUCUCUUCGGUGCCGGAGGUCAAAUUCUUCUCAGUCUGUUCAAUCUAAUAAGAAAAGGUCGUCGUUCAUCUGGUGGUUGGAUAGACAAGACAAGAAUUGGCUUCUUUCUAGGGUCCCUCACUUUACUCUCCAGGAUGAGUAUGUUUGUGUUGAGAAAAUUCAGCGGCAGUGUCGAAGGUUGGCAUGGUUUGGUGGCAGGUCUGAUAAGCAGUCCAAGCUAUUUGAUAUAUAGAAAUAAUUCUAUACCUCUCUAUGCUUUCUGGAAGCUAGUAGAGAUAGUUUUACGAAUGUCGUCCAAGUCAGGAUACCUUCCUAAAAUACCAUUUGCAACAGAAUUGAUUUAUGCUUCCUCAACAGCUGUUCUCUUCCACAUGGGGAUGUUGGAACCACAAAGUUUGAGGAAAUCUUACGUGGCAUUCUUGGAUCAAGUGACGGGGAAAAAGAUUGGUAAAGUGAAUCGUCUCCUAGUAGAUCAUGAAUACAAGACAAAUUCAAGCAAAACAAUACAAUACAAACCUAUUUACCAGGAGGCUCAUAUCUCAGACCAGCUGAAAAGUCUUCUUCCUGAUGUUGGGACCCUGAAAAAUAUGUAAAGAAAUUUCUAAUCCCUAUAUCUUUGCAACCAAAUGUUGUUAACCUUUGAUAUUUCAAACUUAGAUUAUUUAAUCUAACAGAGUUAAUUUUUUUAUAAAUCUACAACAUGGGGUGGCAAAAUUAUAUGGAUUAUAAAAUCCCAAUUUGUAGCAUGCAAAGACCUAAUUCCUUUACCCAGAUAAUAAUUGUAUUCUUAUCUAAUAUAUAUUUUAUGAAAUAUAUUAUCAAAUAUA